UCUGUGUCAGGGUAACAGGACAGCUAAAGAAUGAUUCACAGGUACCAGCCCCAGAAACACCGCCCCGAGGCAGCCACCACCCUGAAAGGAAGAGCAGCCAAUCACCGAUACUCAUGAGCAUGACAGAACUCUGUAUUACUGGAGCUGUUAAUAGCACUGAAACACCUGAAAGACAUCUGUGUAAACGAGGACGUAAAUGGAAGACUGGGCUGGAAUCCAGAGCAGCAGCAUCAUGGAGAGGAUCCUGCUGUGUGUCUGCUGCUUCUCAGGCUGGCUCGUCUCCACAUGCUGUCCCCGUCAGUACCACUAUGUUGCUGAUGCAAAGACUUGGACUGAAGCUCAGAGCUACUGCCAACAGAUUCAAACAGACCUGGCCUCCAUCGAGAACACUGAAGAAAUGAAGCAGCUGAACAGCACAGUUUCAUCUGCCGCUCACAGCUCUGAGCUCUGGAUCGGUCUGUACAGUCAGAUCAGGUGGAGGUGGUCAGAUGGGCUCACAGGGAGUGGAGCUGACUACAGGAACUGGGACACUUCUGAAUAUGAACCAGAUUUUUACUCUGGGGUUCAGUUCUGUGUGUCCUCUUUAGAAGGAAAAUGGUGGGAUUUUCAGUGCAGCGAGAAGCUCCAGUUUAUUUGCUACAGAGGAUCUCAGAUGAACCCUGAGUUUGAUUUGGUGGAUAAAGAAAUGAGUUGGUCCGAUGCUCGAAGGUACUGCAGGAGAACUUCUUGGACCUGGCCACUGUCAAGAACCCCGGAGAGAACCAACAAGUCCAUGAAAAGGCUCAGAUUGACCUCGGCUGAACUCAACUAUUUCCCUGAGGGUAUGGAUACAGUAAAGAGGCAGGUAGUGAAGCUCACAGUACAUGUGGAGGACCCUCCUGUGGAUCUGAAUGACUCUGCUGUGAAAGCAGAACUGCUGACAAGGGUGAAGGAGCAGCUGAAGAAGAAAGGAGUGGGUGGAGUCAGUGUGAGGUGGAGAGUGCAGCCGUAUGGGAAGCUCUUGGCUGGAGAUGGAAGAAGAAAGAAGACUCUGAGAGAAAAAGAAAAAUGUUUCAAAAGCUUUUCUGCUUGA